UUUAAAAAACUUUCUAUAUAUUUGUGAUCUACUAGUGGACUUUGACAUUUUAAUUUUAAAAACUUGUUUCAAGUUUGUAAAUUGUAACCACAGUAGGUUCCAACUCAACAGCUGUAUUGAAGAGUGAAUUACUUUUCAUUUUAAAUCAAAGCUUAUCAAAAUGUCGGAGAAAAGCAGCCCUAUUAAAUACUUUUUAAGUGGUGGUUUCGGCGGUGUUUGUACUGUUCUUGCAGGACAUCCAAUGGACACUAUUAAAGUAAGAUUACAAACUAUGCCUAUACCUAAGCCUGGAGAGACAGCUUUGUAUGCUGGUACUGUGGAUUGUUGCAAGAAGACUAUUCAAAAAGAAGGUUUUCGAGGUCUUUACAAAGGUAUGUCUGCUCCGUUGACUGGAGUCGCGCCUAUUUUUGCGAUAAGUUUCUUUGGUUUCGGCCUUGGUAAAAAGUUAAUCAAGUCAGAUAGUGAACAGGUUCUCACGAAACCAGAACUGUUUGCUGCUGGUGCUUUUUCGGGUAUCUUUACAACCUCAAUUAUGGCUCCAGGAGAGAGAAUAAAAUGUUUACUCCAAAUUCAACAAGGUGGUUCUGGGCCACAAAAGUAUAGUGGCAUGGUCGACUGUGCCAGGCAGUUAUAUGCAGAGGGUGGUAUCAGAAGUAUUUACAAAGGCAGUGUUGCCACCAUACUAAGAGAUGUUCCAGCUAGUGGAAUGUACUUUAUGACAUAUGAAUGGGUGAAAGAGGCUAUAAUUCCUGAAGAUGCUAGUGCUAAAUUGAAGAUUUUGGCAACAGUGGUGGCUGGGGGAUGUGCUGGUAUAGCUAACUGGCUCGUGGGCAUGCCUGCUGAUGUUUUAAAGAGUAGACUGCAAACAGCCCCUGAGGGAACAUAUCCGAAUGGUAUGAGGGAUGUUUUUAAACAGUUGAUGGAAAGAGAAGGUCCAACUGCCCUUUAUAAAGGUGUAGCUCCUGUGAUGAUAAGAGCGUUCCCAGCUAAUGCUGCAUGUUUUGUGGGAUUUGAAUUGGCUGUCAAGUUCCUUGACUGGGUUGCCCCAAACCUCUGAUGUUAUAAUUAGUAGUUCACCAACACUUGUAUCAUAUAGCAGAUAAGAUAAAAUGAUUGAAAAACUUGUUACAUCAAGUGUCACUUAGAUAUUUUUUUAAAUAUUUACUCUGCCAAAUUAUUUUUACAUGACAAAAUGAUUAUUUCAUGGAAGCUUGUAAAUAGCACACAAAAUGAUUUUUUUUUUUGUUAAUGAUUAUAUUUUUAAGUAUUAUUUUUGAUGCUUUUUUUGUAUUUACAGAUAAAUAACAGUGAAAAAAUCAGUGCCUUUGUAUGAUGGUUUUGUCUUUAUAAUGUUAUCUUUUCAGUGAUUUUACAUAUUUCCUUAUGUGGAUAAUGUUAUUCUGUUAUAACAAAUAAGGAAAAUGUUGUGAAACAAAUAAGUAGAUUGUAAAUGAUUCAUAUUUUUUGUUGUUUCUUUUUAAUGUACCACUAUUUUAAAGAGUUGAAUAUUUUGAAUGUUUUCAUGUUUAGGUCAAUUAUAUUAUGAAUGCUA